AUGGAAUGUAUUUUGAUAUGUGGUUUUGUUCUAGUAUUGUCCUUGAUCAUUAAGGUUCAAGGAGCUAUUAACAUUGACAUAAACCAAGAAGCAAGUUUCGAUGAACACUAUGUCGUUACGUGGGGACAAGAUCAUGUCUUGAAACUCAACCAAAGCAAAGAAGUUCAGCUCUCCAUGGACCAUUCUUCAGGUUCUGGUUUUGAAUCCAAAAACCACUACGGGUCAGGAUUUUUUCAAAUGAGAAUCAAAUUGCCGGCAAAAGAUUCUGCUGGCAUCGUAACCGCUUUCUAUUUGACUUCAAAGGGAAAUAGCCAAGAUGAGGUUGACUUUGAGUUCUUGGGAAACAGAGAAGGGAAACCAAUAACAAUACAGACCAAUGUGUUCACCAAAGGUCAAGGAAAUCGAGAACAAAGAUUUGUUCUUUGGUUUGAUCCAACCGAAGAUUUUCAUGCUUAUGGAAUUCUGUGGAACCCAUACCAUAUUGUGUUUUACGUGGACAAUAUUCCAAUAAGAGUGUUCAAAAACAACAAGAAAGGGGUAAGCUACCCAUCAAAACCCAUGCAAGUGGUGAGUAGCUUAUGGAACGGUGAGGCAUGGGCAACUGAUGGUGGUAAGGCAAAGAUUAAUUGGGCCUAUGCUCCUUUUAAGGCCCAUUUUCAGGGUUUUUCUGAAUCUGGUUGUCACAUGGAUGGUCUUAAUGAUGCUUGUGAAUCAUCAGCAUAUUGGUGGAACACUGGAAAAUAUGUUGGAAUAAGCGUUUCCGAGCAAAAGGCUUUUAAAAAUGCAAGAGCCAAGUAUAUGAAUUAUGACUAUUGUUCUGAUCAUACUAGAUUUUCUGUUCCUCCUGAUGAAUGUCAAUGGAAUCAGUAA